AUGGCGAAUAGCGAAGAUGUUAUCGUGCCAGCGGACCUGGAAGAUGACGUUGCUGGGUCAGCAUCGGCGUUGCGCGUGUCGCCAUGGUGCGCGCCGUGGCUGUGGUCGGCGGUUAAGGUGGUGCUGCUCGUGCUGCUCUGGCACACCUUCAGCACGGCGCUCUCCCUCCUCAAAAGUCACCUCUGCUGCCACUCGUGGCUGCCCGCCUCCCCCAUCUCCUGGCGCGACUACUUCGUGCGAGUGGUGCCCACGGCAGUGGCCACAUCGCUUGACAUUGCCCUCUCCAGCUUCUCCCUCGCGCUCGUCACCCGGACCUUCUACUCCAUGUGGCGUGUGGUGCUCCCAGUGGUGGGGGAGACGGAGUUUGAGCUGCUGGGCUUCAUCUUCGUCAUGCUGGCCUCAUUCAUGGCGGGUCUCCAAUGGGUGCUGCUGCAAGUUCUCCUCCAGCCCCAGCUCCACAGUGCCUGUGUGCUGUGCUUGCUCUCCCACACGCCACAAUCCUCCGGUUUCUCACCCUUCCUCGCAUAUUUGCUAUGGUCACGCCAUCCUCAUGCCACUAUCUCCUUUCCAGUCCUCCUAGUUCCCCUUGCCUCCCACCAACCGCAAGUCCGCCCUCCCUCUACCCCAACAGGCCUGACCAACCUGCUGCUCACGUUGCUGCAGUAUCUGGCGCCCGUGAUGGCGCUUGUGUGCGGCAUCUUCUCGCUGCUGCACGAGCCGUGGUCCUCGCUCGCCUCCUUGCCCUACUUCGACACGCUGACGCGCAACAAGGAACGUGAGUCUGAAGGCCAUCAGGUGCACGCGCUCAGUGAUGAGCUCCUCCCUCACCACCCGGGGGCAGGCCCUCGGACCAACUCUAGCUGUCUUUUGAGUCGACUCAAAAGUCAUCUGAAGGCCAUCGGGUGCAAAAGUUCACUGAUGAGCUCCUCCCUCACCACCCGGGCAGGCCCUCCGAGCAACUUUAGCUGCUGCACCACCCCGCCUCGCUCUACUCGUCCGCCCCCCUAG